AAUAUCACACUUUUCUACUGUACACAACGAUAAUCACAUACAGCACGCAAAUGGAAUUUGACGACAAGUUGCUGGCCGACCUGGACGACCUGGACGAGCUAGACGGCGAGUUCGGUGGCAACGAUGCACCGGCCGCCGACAGCAUAACCCAAGACGGCACAGGAGCAGCGCCGAGCGACUUUGACUUUGACUUUGAAGACAACGAAGACCCCAACACCAAUAUGACAAUACUUGGCGAAGCCAGCAAUGCCGACGGCCUAGGUUCCGAGCACGAAGCACUGAUCGGCAAACUCGCGUCCAAAUCCAACAACAUCCGCAGCAUCGCCAAAGUGUACCACAGCGCGGAACUGCGCACACUCCUAGGCCAGAUAAAAGAAAGCCAGAGUGCGAUUGACAUUGACGGGCAGAUGAUCGGGCGGAUCGAGGACAAUCCGGAUUACAAGCUGGUGCUGCGGGCAAACGAGAUGUCCACUAGGGUGGCGGGUGAGAUUCUGGUUGUUCAUCGGUUCCUCGUGGACCACUACCGGGCACGAUUCCCGGAGCUUGAAGCUCUGGUGCACGGCCCUGUUGACUACGCGCGCUCCGUGCGGGCGAUCGGCGGAUCCACAGAUUUAACCAAGGUCGAGCUCGAGGGUAUUCUGCCGAACGCCACCCGCAUGGUGGUCACAGUGACCGGGUCGACGACAUCAGGGAAACCCCUGGAGACAGCCGAAUUGGCACGCGUCCUGGAGGCCAGCGAUUGUCUCCUGGCGCUCGCCGAAUCCAAGCACGAAAUCGUCCUCUUCAUCGAAUCGCGCAUGCCACUGAUCGCGCCAAACCUCACAGCAGUCAUUGGCUCAUCCACAGCGGCCCAGCUAAUUGUCGAAGCCGGCGGGCUCACGGCAUUGAGUAAGAUCCCAUCGUGCAAUAUCCAGGUGCUCGGUAAGACACAGCAGGCGGCCACCGGGAUGUCCUCCUUGACUAUGCGCAAACACGUCGGUGUUGUUUAUUACUCCGACGCUGUGCGCAGUGUGCCGGAGGAUUUCCGCCAGAAAAUGCUUCGCAAAGUUUCGGCUAAAUGCGCGCUCGCCGCGAGGGUUGAUGCGCAGCAUGAGUCGGCGGAUGGUGCGCUUGGGCGGCGGUUCCGGGCAGAGCUGGAUGCUCAGGUGGAGAAAUUGCUGGAGGCCGCACCGAUGAAUGCAGUUAAGCCGCUGCCGGUGCCCGAUGAGGGGCCGAAGAAGCGCAGGGGCGGGAGGAAGGUGCGUAAGGCUCGCGAGCCUUAUAUGGCGUCGGAGCUGCAGAAGCAGCGCGAUCGCCUGCAGUUUGGCACUUUUCAGGAGGAGGUUAUUGUUAUGGAUGAGAUGGAGGGCGCCGGUAUGCUGGGUCGGUCGGUCGGCCGUGUGCGCGCCACGCAGAUGAACAACCGCGCAAAAGCAAAGGUCGCGAAAAAGUACGAAAAGUAUAUGCGCGCGCCGACGGGCACGGCGACAUCUGGGCUUGCGACCAUUGCGUUUACGCCGGCGCAGGGCUUUGAGAUCGCCAAUCCGGGCCAGGCCGCCGAUGCGCACAAGAACAAGAGGACCAAGACCACACACGACAAGUACUUUGGAACAAGCACGCCAUUUGCUAAAAAGUAAAUAUUAUUUUCUUGGACUGAACACGAAACAAAAAAAAUG